UAUUUUUUUUUUAAUAAUUUAGGCAUACGGCGUGUGCUGUCCACAUCUUAGGCGCGCUAUUCUCUAUCUCACAUUUGUUAAUGAGUUCACAUGAGUGUGAAAAGGAUGUAUGUAUUACAACAUAAUAACCUUUAUUCUCGAAUAGUCCUUAAUUUACACUGAUUUAUUCGAGUAUAAAUACAAAAAUUACGAUUCACAACACUAUUUUAAAAUCGUUCUUUUUAAAAAAACAAUAUAGAUAAAUCUAUUGUGCGGGGGAAGCAAUUCGGUUGUACCUAAUGAGAGCUAACGGCCCUAUAGCAAUAGCGGUAGCAAUAUACCUUAUCAGAUCGACCUCCACGCGGUUCCCCUUUAAAAUCAUCGUGAUUAAUUUUUGUUCAAUUCUUCACGAUAAACCAUUAGACCUGCUCCCAUCUUCAUCUAUUAUCCCUCAGUGGUGCCCCGUAUACCGAUACGUAUACUCGUAUGCCAGCGUAUACCGAUAGCGCAGACGGGGUUACCAUUUCAUUACCACCCCAUAAAAAAACGUUAUUGUGUGUCCAAUGGAAUGGUUACCAAUGGAACGUUUAAUGAUGUAUCAAGUCAGACUGAUUCGGGUACGGAAUCUAAUAGCUUCUAAGUCCUCAAUUAUUUGAAUAUACUAUGUACAGAGUACGGAUAUACGAUAUUCGGAUACACUUGCUUUAUUUAAAUAUUAGUAAAGUCUUUAGCGUAAGUUUUUAUAUUUCUGUUUUAUAGUUUCAUUUAUUUUAGUUAAUUUUAAACUUUUGCGUUGUGUACACAUAUUUUAACGAUAAAAAAACUUAAUUGUAUUUAUUUUUCUUUUUUUUUACUUAACGAACAAUUGAGUAUAAGACUGAACAACGAUUAUUAGCUUAAAACACUUGCCCAAAUCAAAUCCUAGUUCGAGACUUCUAACACGAACUAGGACUUGAUUCUUUUAAAUUUCAAAAUGCUCGAAUACCAAAAUGAACGGAAAAUGCCGAUUCGAAACAACACUAGUCACGCUCGCAGCACGCUGGCGUCGUUGCCGCUCCACGCCGCUAUCCUGCCUUCUCUCUCAGUCCUCAGUGAAGCGUGGCCACGCUACGCGGCUAUACGUAAGCUUGGACUCACGCGCUCGCUCCGUCUGUCAUCUACUUACACCGAACUGCGUACGAACCAUGACCGAGCAGACGCAGUAUUCAAUACUGAGGAUAAGCGACGAGAAGACAUUGGAACUCAUUGAUCUAUAUCGGAAAGAACAAUGCUUAUGGAACACGUCCAUACAAGAUUACAGAAACAGAGAGAAGAGAGCUAAAGCAGCGGCACGGAUAGCCAAGAAGUUGAACAUUGAGAAUUUCGAGGCGCGCCACGUGAUGAUCAAGUUUAAGAACUUGAGGAACUCUUAUUGUCAGGAAUUGAAGAAGAUAGCGAAUAGUUUAAUUAACAGUUCCGGAGAAGAAACCGAUGCAUAUAAACCGACAGUGAUAUGGUUCAACAAAAUGGACUCGUUCAUAAGGCCACAUUUGCAGUUCAAGCAUGUUCCUAGUCAAGCUAAGUUGGUAAUAAACAAUGGUGUGGUGAAGAGGGAAACGGAAACAGUCGAUGAUUCCGACGAUUCAAUAUGGUCCAAAAAUGUAACAGCGGAUUUAUUAUCUGUACCCGGGUCCAGUCAAGACGACACAGGUAGCGAGAACGACUCCGAAUCGUCAGCAGGCAAAGCUGUGAAAAGAGCUCGGGAUUGGUCUGUGGCAUCGUCGAAGAGGCUUCGAAUGGAAGAAAAUGAGCUACUUACUGAUUCUAUGGAAACAAAAGUGGGUGAAGACUGCUUUGAUAGUUUCGGUAAAUAUAUAGCAGCCCUUCUGCGGACGCUGCCUCAGAAGAAAGCCAUAGUUCUGCAACCACAAAUUGUCAGUUUGAUCGCGUCUGCCGUUCUGAAUAAUGGUGACGCUCAAUGAAUUUUAUUUAGUAUUUAAGUUUUUAUAAAGACUUACAUUAAUAAGUACUCAUACUUCCCUUUGUAUUUUUUAUGCAACUUAGAAUGGCAAACAAGCUGACGGGCCACCUGAUAGAAAGUGCUAACCGUCGCCUAUAGACAUGAGCAGUACCAUGGACAUAACAGAGUAUACUGUUUUGCCUACGAUAACCCCAUGCGUUGCCAUUCCUGAGUACUCAGGUGUUAUUCCUCUGUACCCAGUAAAUUCACGCCAUAUCCCACCCUUCAAACCGAAACACAGCCAUGCAAACACAACUGCUUUACGGUUCAAACACGAACGGGACAGAGGUAUCCAAGCAAACGACUUUUGUACAAAGUCUCCCUCUGGUAAAAAACAAAAUUGUAUACUUGUACAGUGUACUUGCAAAACACGUGUGCACUAUAGCGUGUAUGAUUUUUAAAUGACUUCAAAAAACGGCGGUCCUCAAAUCUUUCUUGUUUUUUGUAUGUUUACCAAUCACUCGAAGACGCCUGAACUGAUUUGGAGAAACCUUUCUUUUAUUUGUAAGGAUUUACUUUCAAAUUGGUAUUGUAGUAUUGAAAUUUUUCAAAAUCGAUUUGGAAGUUUAGUUUUUCAUUUUAAUUCUUUUUUUCAUUGUAAAUCUAAACAACUGGAUUUUCAAAAUAAAAAUAUUUAUUUUUGUCAUGUAAUGUUUGAAAAUGAAGUUUCUGGUACACUAAUCUUAAAUUACAUGUGUUUUAUUAUGAUUGCACUGAAAUUUGAUACUUAAGUAAUUAAUAUGAAGGUAAAUUUUUAAAGUCUGCUUAUUCCAUAGAUAAGUGUAUUUAAGUUUUUAAGUUACAAUUAAGUUUUAAUAUUUAAACGACAUUCCAAUAAUGAUCUUGAUAUUGUUUGUUUGUAUUCACUGUAGAUAAAUGUACAUUUUUGAUGCUAUAUUCACGCAGCGUCCCUUAUGGGCUGGGCAGAUACGAUUGAAUAUUAUGUUUAAAAUACAAUAUUAUGUGUAUAUAAAAUAUAAUAUAAUAUUAUAUAUUAAAUUGUUAUUAUUGUAUAUUAAAUCUUUUAAUGUA